CCCAAAGCUUUGUCACCAUUUUCCCAAAUAGAUUUGUAAACCAUCGUAACAGCACUCACUCGCUUCUCCACAAUGGCGUUGGUUAUUCCAGCUGUUUAGUAAAUUAAGUCACUCAUGCCGGUCAUAUGACUUCUGUCUUGUGGCUGAGUUAAAACCAGAAGCGGCUGAGGUUGUUUUUGUUACACUGGCAGAAGGUGAAUGUGCCUUGACUUACCGACAACAGCAUUAAGUUUCGUCUUUAAAAGCUUUCCGAAGAGCUUUUGAGCGCCAUGGUUUGGUGACAUCCCUUCACUGUCUGAAUCCUCUCCACUGCCAUGUCGCUGCCAAAUGGCUACUCCAUCAACUCGCCGCCUUCUGAUAACAGCGAGGACGAGGAACCCCUCAUCAAGAAUGACCCCG